UGAAAACUUGGACUUACCACUUCGCCAACUUGAGAAAUACAGUUUCUUUUUUUCCUUGAAUGACAACACCACCAACAAAUAAUUUCAGUGACCAUGGUAUGACCUAAAUAAAGAAUUUGUUCAGUAUCCUAUUUUUAUAAUAGAGUCGGUCAAGGUAAAAUAGUCUAAUUGAAUGAUUACUUCUAAAUAGAUUAUAAUUUUGCGUAUUUAAUUUCGAUCUUUUGGUUUUCCGUUAUUUCCUCUGCAGAAUGCAAUUUUUUUAUUUUAUAAAAUAGAAUAGAGAAUGCGACACUAUUAAUUGUUUAUCUCCUAAAGUUUUGGGCCACUCGUCUAAAACACAAGCAGCCAGACUACCCAAACUACCCUUCAUUCUUUACCACAUAUGAUCGCAUAAAAAGGGGCUAACGAGGAUGAAAUUGUACAUAUCAGUAUUUCCUUGUAUUUUGGAUUGCUUCUUAAAUGUUCACCCUUAACAUCACCAUCUCAAAUUUAAAAAAAAAAAAAUUAUCCAGAAAAAGAAAAUAAUUUAUUCCCAACCAUUUUCCAUACAAAUCUGUUCAUUUUGCUGAUAUUAAUAUGAGGCCCUUGUGAAUUAGACUCUCAAUGUUGCAGGUAAAUCAUCUUCUCUUUUUAUAAUGUUUUUUUUUUCUUUGUAGUUUCUAUUAUUUUCCCUUCCAAUUAAGAACCCAAGAUUUAGUCUUUAUAAUAUUAUAAACUCAGCUUUUCCUCAAUUCUGCAUCUGGGAUUCUCAAUAUAAUAACCCCCCACAGUACAAAAAUAAGACAAAAAGCAUCAAUAAUUAAUACAUUAUAAUGACAUGCAUUCUGUUAUAGUUUUUCCCCCCUCCCAUGUUCAUCUUUCAUGGGUAGUUAAUCUCUGAAAAAUAUUAUUGUGCGUAAUUUAUAUGUUUUGUCCGCCAUUAGAGAAGGGGAAGGAAAGUAAAAAUCUUGGAAGCCGAAGAAUGAACCAUUUAUAAGAAGGACCUUAGGUGGUGGUGGGUUGUCCUCUUUUCCUUUCGUUGGGAAUUAAUAUCUACAGUUGCUGAUUGAUAACGGUUUCUCUCGACAAAACCCCCCACUUUCUUUUGUGCCUCUCCGCCAUUCAUUUUUUUUAUUAAUUUCCAUUGCAUGCAAAUUGAAAACAAGGCCGGCGGCCACCCGAGUUUUGUCUCCGGCCGCCGGAGAGUUUCAUGAGUUGUCUCUUUUCCCUCUCCGUCGUUGUUCACUUUGGUGCAUGUGUACACCAUAGCGGCUGAUGCAAUUUUCUUUUGGCUUGCAGUGGUGGGUUGUACUUGUGACAGGGAAAGCAGAGCUAAUGUGAGAUUCAUGAGAAGGUGGCUAUGGCAUCAAGCUCUUGUGCCAAGCAGAUUCCAGUCGUCAGCACCUAUAUUCGGUAUCCAGCUGCUAUGGCUGAAUAUGAGGAGGUUAAGAACAAUCCGAAGUUGUUCAUGGCUACUUUGGAGAAGUUCCAUUCGACUAUGGGGACCAAGUUCAUGAUUCCUAUAAUAGGAGGAAGAGAAUUGGACUUGCAUCGGCUUUUUGUGGAGGUGACACAACGUGGUGGCCUUCAGAAGAUCCUUGGAGAAAAAAGAUGGAAAGAUGUGACUGCCACUUUCAAUUUCCCAUCCACUGCCACGAAUGCAUCUUAUGUGCUGCGCAAGUACUACAUGUCCUUGCUUCAACACUACGAACAACUCUACUUCUUUAAAGCCCAUGGCUGGAAUGCUGCAGCUGCAGCAGCAGCAGCAGCUCCUCCACAAAACUCACUGGGAGGGCAUUUUGCAGUUCAGUUUCCUGUUCACCCAUUACCAGGAUACCGACCACCUGCUGCAGCAGCAAUACAACAACAACAGCAAAUAAAUGUUGCACAUCAAGCACCAGGAGCCAAGGCAGCGUCAGCAGCAGCAGUAGGUACUCCAGCAGUGGCAGUCGGUGUAAUUGAUGGAAAGUUUGACAGCGGUUAUCUUGUUACUGUCGUAGUAGGCGGUGAGAAGUUGCAAGGUGUUCUAUAUCAGGCAACAACUGAUCAAGGCCAACAACAGCAUUGCCAAAUGUUGCAGCAGCAGCAGCAGCAGAAUCAACAAAACUAUUACAGUUUGUUGGCCAACGCCAACAACAGCAAUGUGGCCGUGGAUGGUGUAGUUGUACAUCGCCGCAGGCGCAGAAGAAAGAAGAAUGAGAUAAAAAGGAGGGAUCCUGAUCAUCCGAAACCCAACAGAAGUGGUUACAACUUCUUCUUUGCCGAACAGCAUGCUAGACUAAAGCCACUCCUUCCAGGGAAGGACAGAGAGAUUAGCAGGAUGAUUGGUGAGCUCUGGAACAAGCUCAAGGAUGGGGAAAGAUCUGUCUAUCAAGAGAUAGCUAUGAAAGAUAAAGAAAGAUACAGAUCAGAAAUGGAGGGUUACAGGGAGAGGUUGAGAAUAAGAGGAGAGCAAAGUUUGGUGCUUGGCCAGACAGUAGUGCCAUUAUUAGCGCAACAGUGGCAGCAGCAGCCUCAUGAUAUGGUGGAAGCUAAUGAUCUCAGACCUGCAGGAAAUGGUGAAGGUGGCAGGGAAUCCCCCCACCACGAACUAGAUAAUGAGAGCUGCAGCAGCAGUUCUGGGCGUGAGGUUGGAUCUGAUGAUGAAGAAGAAGAUGACGAUGACGAUGACAACAAAGAUGAUAUGGCUGGGGAUUUCGAUAUGAGGGAAGCAACUUCUUGUCCAGUCCAAGGAUUAGAUCCUAUUCUUAGCAAGUUGGGUAUGGAGGGUGCUUCUUCAGCUCUUGAGCCCUUCAACUCCAAUAGAGUAGUGGUAAUAGGAGAAGAGAAGACGACCACGGAGGCUGGCAGCCAGAGCGUUAAUCGGAAGGCUGGUGAGGACACAACAAAGGAUGGAAACAACAACAUGCAGAAUUCGUCAACCGAAGCAAACCAAGAUGGUGUUCCUUGAAGUGUACCUCAGCUUGAAUGGGCUCCUCUUAACCUGCAAACCAUGAUGAUUUUACAAACUCUUUGAGCAGAGUCGGAUAAGACAUAUAGAGUGCUUCGUCUUUCUUUCCUUUCCCCCCUUUUUUUUUGUUUGUGUUGUUUCUCAUUUGUUCAACCACUUAGAACCUUGCUGCAUUCUAUUUUAGUGGACAAUUUUGCAAUAGGGAUCUUAUUUAGUAGGAGAUGAUAGUUAGAAAAGAGGGCGAAAGUUAUAAUCUGACUUUUGCCAGUUUUGUAGGAAAGACGGGUCUUUCUUAUUUAUGUUGUUUCUCAUUUGUUCACCCUCAAUUUUAGCAAGAUAUUGAUAGUAUUAUGGGCUAAUACCACUACAACACCCGAACUAUCCCGAAAAUGCUACUUGUGUCCUAUUGUUUCCAAUAUUCCAUCUGUGUCUUAAACUAUAAUACUUUGUGUCAUUUGUAUCCUGUCAAUUUCGUUGACCGUUAAAGAUAACGGUUGACCAAACGGUGGUCAACGCGAAGUUGACUUUUGCUGACGUGGCAAAAAAUGUGCCAGCCACAUAGAUGCCACGUCAUUGACACUUCAUAUUUUAUUAAAUAAAAAAUAAUAUUAAAAAACUCCAAAAAUGUAAACUCAACAUUAAUGAAAAUUUUGACUUUGC